ACUCGAUACUGAUCAAACAAAUUAAUUGAAGUAUGAAAAAAGCAAACAUACCGACGAAAUAUUAAUACAGUGAAGUCGUCGAGAGUCUUUUUUUUCGACUCAUUUAAAAAUGAAGACGACGAGAGAUACCUUGUUGGUUGUUUUCGUGUCGUUCAUUUCAAUCGUGCAGUUGGCACGAUGCGGUCCUUCUACCCUUCUGGACGAUCGUGACAAAGAAACCGAAGAAAUAGAAAAAUUAGUCAGAAAAGAAAUUAUUACAUCUUUACAAUUGCUGGGCGAAGAUGACGACGAUAUCGAAUCCGAGACGUUUGAUAACAAUCAAUAUAGUCCAUCAUAUGCCAAAAAUUCAGGAAAUGGAAGACCCAUCCCUGGCAGAUUUUACCAGAUGUCGAACCAAAGCCCAAAAAUAUCGGAAAAUUCGUAUAAAACUCCCGAUUACACUUCUUAUUACGAUGGAGCUGUGAAACCCACCAAUGGAAAUGGCGUACAAAUCAAUAGAUCUAAUGGGAACUCCAAUUCUCGGACGAAUUUCAGAUACAAUACUCCUAAUCCGGAGACCAGAGGCAAUGGUAAUGUCAAAAGUGUCACUUCAAAUGAUGCCAGAUCCAUACCAUCUUCAUCUUCUGCAUCUUCAAUGAACACUAGAGAACCUGGAGAAUACUCAACCACUGUUACUUUACCAUCUUUAGGAGUUGGUAGACUCUUGUAUGGCGGCGGAGGUGGAGCUGGAGGGGGAUAUGGUGGUGGAGUAGGCUACAGCGGAAGUGGAGGGUACGGUGGAAGUGGAGGGUACAGUGGACUUGCAGGGACAGCGUUGAGAUUACGUCCCAGCAGCAUGAUCCGUAGAGGAAUACGUCGUCUAGGUAGACUAGGAGGUCGUUAUGGUCUAGGAUAUGGAGCAGGAGGUGGCGGCAGUGGUGUAGGAUAUGGAGUAGGAGGUGGUAAUGGUUUAGGAUAUGGAGCAGGAGGAAGCUUCGGAGGACAAGGUGUGAAUAUCGGAUACGGUGGAGGUGCUAGAGGUGGAUCUGCAGGUACCGGAGGAUACGACGAAGACUACGAUAUCUCCUUAAACACUAAUGGCGGCCAAGGAUACUAUGGAAACGGACGCUACGGAUUACAAGGUUCCUACGGUGGAUCCGGUUCUGGCUCAGGAGGCUCCUGGUCUCUCGGAGGAGGCAGCAAUGCCUCACCAAACGAAUACUACAACUUAAGAUACGGUUACCCAAGCACUUCCAACUCCGCAAUAUCUGUAGAUGGCACAUCCGGAGAAGGAGUAGGAGGCUCCAGACGUUACACACUCUCGUACCCCAACGAUGCCUCCAGCACAACCAUAUCAACUGCCGAUCAAACAACCCCCCCUCAAUACGAAUUGAUGUUCUUGAGAAACCAACCCGGCUCAUCAAACGUUGAACUUCAAAGUGGCUCCAACCAAGAUGUCAAUCUACAACUACAAUCCACUGGCUCCGCCUCCGAAGCCAAUCGUGAUACUUCGAACGGAUCCGGAUACCGUAUAAACGUAUCCGGUUCAGGAGGCCCAUCUACUCUUCGUAGAACCAGCACUACUGGUCCUGAUGGAGUUGAAGAGUACAGAGUUGUAGUGGUGAAUAAAGACGGGAACGGUUCGGGUCGCUCCGGAGUCUCACUUUCGACAACGGGUUCUGCGCCAGGAGGAGGCUCCGGUUCGGGUAGUUGGUCCGUUUCGUCCAGCAGUUCUGGGUCCAGUGGUGGUUCAGGAGGCAGAGGAGGGCAAGGUGGGUUCCAAAUAACUACUCCGAUUACUUCGACUCAGGUUUCUAUUCCGUCUACGUCGAUUGUCGGUUCGGUUUUGAGCUCGGUUCAAGGAGCUGCCAGCGGUGAACAGACCAGAGGGUUGAGUUCUGCUAACGAUUCCGCCGGUGGUAAAAUUAUUCAAGUUAUUCCGCUUAAAACGUCCAAUUAGUAGGUAAUUUUGAUCUAUAGUGCUAAUCAAUAAAAUGUUUUCUAUAAGAA